CCCGGCGGCCCCGCCCCCUCCGCCCACCCGUUGCGCUUCCGCCCCGCGCGCGGGACCGGCGCGAGGAGCGCGCGGAGCCGUGACCCCGCCGUGACCCCACGGUGACCCCUCCGUGACCCCGCUCAUGGACGGGGAGGGGGAGGCGGAGGGGGAGGGCGCGUCCGCCCCGCCGGGCGCCGCCGCCCUGCUGUACCUGCCGGACGGGUCGGCGCUGCCGCUGCCGCUGGAGCCGCCCCCGGGCCCCACGGCCGCGGAGCUGCUGCGCCGCCUGCAGGGGGCGCUGCGCCUCCCGCCCGCAGCCGGUGACGCCCUGGCGCUGUGGCUGGGGUCCGAGCUGCUCGAGGUGCAGCUGAAGCCGCGGCACCGACCCCUGCGCCUGGUCCGGCACUGGCCGGAGCUGCUGCUGCGCUUCAGCCUCGCCUCGCCCGCGGCCAUCGCCCAAGAUGAGCCGUGUCUGCAGCUGCGCAGGAACGUGUUCUUCCCGAAGAGCCGCGAGCUGGAGCUGCAGGAGGAGGAGCUGCUCCGCUUGCUCUAUGAGGAGGCGCGGGAGCAGCUGAGGGGGGGGCGCUACCCCGUGGACCCCCCCGAGGCGGCCGAGCUGGGGGGGCUCAGCUGCCGCCUGCGCCUGGGGCCCUUCGAGCCCGGCCGGCACACGGAGCUCAGCCUGCGGCCGCUGCUGGGGGAGGUGCUGCCGCCGGGUCCUCCUACCCGCUGGGGGGCGCUGUUCCGGCGCUCGCGCGAGCCGGGCCCCGCCCAGCGGCUGCUCGAGGCGUUCGCGCGUGCGCCGGGCGCCGAGGCGCCCCCUGCCGGAUUGUACCGGGACUUCCUGCGCCGCUGCCACGCGCUGCCCGGCUACGGGUGUGCCUUCUUCCCCGGAGCCAUCGAGCGGCCGUCGGGGGGGCUGCUGGCCCGGGGGGGCCUGCGCCCCGUCAGCGUGGCCGUGGGGCUCGAGGGGGUCACCAUCAUCGACCCCCGCCAGAAGCACGUGCUGCUGUCCCUGACGUACCCCGAGCUGUGCUGGGAGCUGGUGGGCGCCGUGGGGCAGGACGGGGACCCCGCGGGGCAGGAGGGGGACCCCGCGGAGCCCCCCCAGCUGUGGCUGGAGUUCGAUGGGGAGCACGAGGGAGCCCCCGUGAACCGACUGCUGCGCGUGUUCUCCCCGCAGGCGGAGCUGAUGAGCGCCCUCAUCGAGUGCUGCAUCGAGCUGGGCGGGGCGGCCCCGCCCCCCGAGGAGCAGGCCCCGCCCCCCGCCGGCGCCGCGGCCACGCCCCCCGAGGCGGCCGGCGCGCGUGGCGCCCCCUUGCGGCGGCAGGAGAGCGUGACCCGGCCCCGCCUGCAGCGGCUCGCGACCAUCGACUACGUGCGGGAGGGGCAGGAGCUGCGGCGGGUGAAGCCCCCCCGGCGCUCGGCGUCCUUCUUCAGCCGGGUUGGGGGGUCCUACAGCCCCGUGGCACAGGGGGGCACAGCGGGGGCCGGCUCCGAGCAGGGCUGAGCCCCCCCGAGCCCCCCAAACCCCUCCCAGUUCAGACUGGGAGCACUGGGAGCCCCUGGGAUCUCCCCCUCUUUGUACCCACACCCCCCAAUAAACUGCACUGCCCCCCCGGCCCCUCUCCCCAGGCAGGGUUUGGUGAAA